AUGGUUUCACAUUUUGACACAAGGCCAGAAAUUUGGGUUGGGGAACAGUUCUGUCUUAACAAUGGUGCUACUCUGGAGCAGUGGAAAACUGCCAGUGUCAUUCUUCUGUUCAAAGAAGGUGACUGCACGUUGCCUGUCAACUAUCAUCCAGUCGGUCCUACUAGUUGCAUUGCCAAACUGAUGGAAUCCUGUGUCAGAGAAAUACUCUGGAACUUCUGGAAUUCUCACAACCCUAUCCGGACCUCACAAUUUGGAUUUAUCCCUAACUCCAGCUGCUGUGAUCAACUUACCAAGUUUCUUGAAGACAUCACCUGGGUUACUGGCGGCGGCUCAUGGGUGGAUGUUGUUUACCUUGACUUUGCUAAAGCUUUUAAUUCUGUGUCACACAAAAGACUUAUAGCAAAACUCUCUGCAAUGGGUGUGAAAGAUGAUCUUUUUAACUAG